UUUAAAAAGGUUUAGAUUUUCGAUGUGCAGUAUUAAAUAUUAAAUCUAAAUAUAAAGUAGACUAUUAGAAGCGAAUGUGUUUAAAAUAAGAAAAAAAAUCCCUCAGGUUGAGCGAGGAAGUAAUCGAGGACUCUUCGCGUGUUGGCAGUUUCUUUUCGGAAGAGAAUAGCAAACGGACCGACGCGUUCAUGGACUUUGCGAGUCGGCUAUUUUGAAGAGUUGGGAGAGAUAUUUUGUGUCGAAAUGGCGAGUUUUGGAGCGUUUGCGGGCUGUGUGUGCCUCCUCGCGGCCGCGCUACGGCUGGUGUGCGGCGACAUUACGGACGGCAACCCGGAGCACCUUAAACGAGAACACUCGUUGAUGAAACCCUACCAAGGCGUGGGCAGCAGCCCGUCGAGCCAGUGGGACUUCUCGGGGAGCACGUUGGUGACCAGCUCGUACGUGCGACUAACUCCGGAUGAGAAAAGCAAGCAGGGAUCCAUCUGGAAUACUGUGCCGUGUUACCUGAAAGACUGGGAGAUGCACGUCCACUUCAAAAUCCACGGGCUGGGCAAGAAGAAUCUCCACGGCGACGGCAUUGCUCUCUGGUACACAAAAGACAGACUGCAUCCUGGCUCGGUGUUUGGGAACCAGGAUCAGUUUCUGGGCCUGUCCAUUUUCCUGGACACCUUCCGCAAUGACCAGCAAGGCAUGGACCGUUCCUUCCCGUACGUUUCGGCCAUGGUGAACAACGGCUCGGUGAGCUACGACCACGGCAAAGACGGACGCUCGUCGGAGCUGGGAGGCUGCUCGGCCGAAAUCCGCAACCGAGAGUUUGACACCUACCUCGCCAUCCGCUACUCCAAAGGGAGACUCACUGUGAUGAUGGAUGUGGAUGACAAGAACGAGUGGAAGGAAUGCAUCGACAUCGGAGGCGUUCGUCUUCCCACGGGAUAUUUCUUUGGCGCCUCGGCGGCCACUGGAGAUCUUUCUGACAACCAUGACAUCAUCUCAAUGAAGCUGUACCAGCUGAUGGUGGAGUACACGUCUGAGGAGGAGAACCUGGACUGGACCAAGAUCGAGCCAAGCGUCAGCCUGCUCAAGUCGCCCAAAGACAACAUUGAUGACCCGACGGGCAAUUUCCGCGGCACGCCGCUGACGGGCUGGAAGGUGUUCCUGCUGCUGCUGUGCGCGCUGCUGGGCAUCGUGGUGUGCGGCGUGGUGGGCGCCGUGGUCUUCCAGAAGCGGCAGGAGCGAAACAAGAGGUUCUACUGACAACCCGGAGGAGCAGAGGAACGCCCGUCGAACGCAGCGGGGCGCUGGUGAUUGACUCUUGAAGCACAUUUUAAUGUGAAUCUUUUUUUCCUUUUUUUUUUUUUUUAAUUUCUUUUUUGGGGUGGGGGGUCUAAAGAUUGUACAAAUGUUCUGGAUGGAAGCACUGCAUGUUGUGCUGCCAUUUUUAAUGGCAUCCUGGUUGCCAUGGCAACAGCACAACCUUCCGCGCCGUGAUUUUGAUAUUUCUUUUUGUUUUUGGUUGUCACUCAUCUGUGCUCUCAAACUGGAAACCCGCGUCCUCAAAGUCAGCUGGUUGCCUUCGACUUUGAGCCAAAAUGGCCGUCUUUCAAAAAGCAUCGUAAACAGUAAACAAGGCUUUUAAUUGUUCACCAGGACAUAAAACCACUCUUGAAUGUGUCGAAAACGUGUGCUGACUGCGCUCUAAAAUGCGGUUUAAACAAGCGCAACAUUGACCCGCUCAAAAUGCAACGUUUGCAUUCAACUUUGAGCCGAAAUAGCUGUCUUUCUCUCUGUACGUGUUCAAAUGUAGUAAAUGGGGCUUUUAAUUGUUCACCUGGAUACCUUUAAAUAAUCUCAAGAGGGUGCUGGUGGCAAUUUAAAAUGGGAUUUAAAUGAGCAUUAACUUGUUUGUUGACGCUAAACAACACUGACCCACUCAAAAUGAGUCAUUUGUUGUCAACUUGGAGCCAAAAUGGCCCUCUCUCCAAGUUCAAAGCGACUAAACGGGGCUUCAAAUUGUUCAGAACAUGUAAAACCACCUUUGAACAUAGUCGAAAGUGUGCUGGCGGUGAUCGAAAAUGAGAUUUGAAUCAUCUCAGCAUUGUUUUGUGUUCUCUGAAGUGAAGUGAACAGAACUUUUGAAUUCUUUCCUGGGACAUAAAACCACAUUUAAACAUUAAAAAGUGUCCCGAUUACGCUCUAAAAUAACUUCUAAACAAGCAAAGCAUUGUUAAACAGCUUUGAUGCGCUCAAAACAUGACAUUUGUGCGCUCCCUGAGGCAUGAAACCACAUUUUAAUAUGUGCAAAAGUGUGCCGGCGGCGAUCUAAAAUACGAUUUAAGAAAGCUCAGCAUUGUUUGUUGACAGAUGGCCUCAAUUUGAGCCGUUGGACAAAUUGUUCAUCUAUGGUGUUCUGGUUAAAUAACGAGGGGUUUGUCAUGGUUUCCCAGGACUUAAAAACAACGUGUUCAAAAGUGCGCUGGCUGCGAUCGAAAAUGAGAUUUUUCUUGAGGCUAAACCUUCCAAAUGAGCCUUUGACUUUUGAGUAAUUGCCCACAGGGACUUCAAACCACCACCCAAAAUCGAAACAGGAUUAUAUCGUCUCAAAAUUGACCUUCACGGGCGUGGUAUAUUUCAACUUGAUUUAAGGUGCGAGAAGAAGAAAUGAGCAUUGCACUCCACGAGUGUAAACAAGUGAGUGUUAUGAGCGUAAUCUCUGGUGAAAAGCGUGCGGAAAUAUGAUGACGGAGUUAGUGAAUUGAAUUGGGUGGCUUUGUACGGUGUGUUUGUUUGGUUACCAUAUGUGUCUUUGAGGGGAAAUGAAAUGUUAGUUGGCUUCAAAAAAAUGAAAGUUAUUUGGCUUCAUCUUGUCGUUUUCACGUGCAGCCGGGAGGCUCUGUUGCAAUAUCGCCCCCUUUAGGUUCUCACCAGAAUGCACUGAGGAUAGGAAAAGAAGGAUUAAAAACUCAAUGAAACACUUGGUGACAUUGUUGUACUGUCAUUUUUUUGGGGGGGGGGUGUUACACUUCUGUGUUUGUCG